AUGAAUCUACCUGGCACCAAGUUCUGGCCCGACUUCCAGGACAAAAUCCUGCUACUGGAGACAUCGUUGAAUGAAGAUGGCAACAAGGGCGUCCCGCUGGACAAAGUUCGGGCACAAUUGGCGUCUCUUCGCAACCUGAACGUCUUUACUGCCAUCAAGGGCCUCGUGGUCGGAAGGCCGGCACAUUACGAUGACGAGCAGAACCACGAGUUUCGCCAGAUUAUUCUGAAUCAGACGCGAGGUACCGACUUCCCGAUUCUGGUCGAUGUCGAUAUCGGACAUACCACUCCGGUUCUCACUAUCCCUCUCAACACGAUGGUGCAUCUCGACUCAGUCAGCAGUACCUUUAGCAUCCUCGAACACAGCGUCGAGACGAAGCGUCGGUGA